CGAGCGCUCUUUGGGGCGGCUCACCAGGAUGUUCCAGCGCGGCCGCGAUGACAAGAUCCGCGCCAAGGCUGAGACGGAUGGUCCGGUUCUCGACCUCAGCAACGCGUACCUGGGUGACGAAGGGUGUGCGGAUGUCGUGCGCAUUUUGCGGGAGUAUCCUUCAAAACGUCUGCUUGACUUGCGUGGAAACCGCAUCCAGGCGGACGGGAUCACCAUCCUCGCCGCCAUGCUCAAGACGACCAUGACCAUUGAGCACGUGAACCUUGAAUGGAACUGCAUAGGAGUGUUGGAUCAUGGGGUUGAAUCCCUUGCAAAUGCGCUGGCACUCAACACAUCCCUCACAUCUAUCGACUUGCGCAACAACAGCAUUGGACCCGACGGCGCUGUCAUCUUGGCCCACGCACUCAAGCGCAACAGGACGCUGGAAGAGAUGGAUCUGCGCUGGAACGAGGUUGGAUCGGUCGGCGGUCGCGCAUUUCUCGACGUUCUCGAAAAUGGGAACCACAGUCUCAAGCGCUUGCAACUAAUGGGCAACAACGUUCCCAUCGCAACGUCCGACGCCAUUGACGACUAUUUGAAGCGAAACAACCACCUUGGAAACUUGCAAGAUGCGCACGACGACAGUUUGCACGAGUUGCGCGGUCCAGAAUGCUCAAACUUGAUGGAUGCCGCGCGUUGCAGCGACGACGGCCUCGUCCAACCGAGUGACGACAAUGCAAAACUCUUGCUAGCUUACUUAGCUGACAAAGACGCGCUCACGAGCCAAAUCGACACACUUCAACGUUCCCUGAGGUCGCUGGAAGCCCAAGUGGAAGCCCGGGAUGCAACAGCACAGCAACUGGAGCGAGAGUUACAAGUCGCACGCGACGACCGCGAGCGGCACAUUCGCCGCGAAGGCCAAGAGCGCGAUCGCGCCGACGACAUUGCGCGGCUUUUGGACCAAUCUGAAGCGCGGCGAAAGCACGAAGCCGACGAGUCCAGCGCACGUAUCCAAUCGUUGGAAACUGCCAUCCUCCAGCUCAAAGAAGCCAAGACCGUCGCCGAGCGCCAGGCUCAGAGAAGUGGUGAAGAACUCGUUCAGGCCAAGGCGCACCAUGAUCAAUCCGUCCGCCUCCUCGAGAUGGAAAACGAUAAACUGAGAAGUUCCCUGAGCGGCGUGCAAGACGAAGCGGCGAGGCUGCGGGAACAGGUCCACGAUGGGCGGAAGGAACUCGAUCGCCGCGAUGGUAUGUGGCGCAUCGAGCUGGACGAGACGAAGGCGGCCGCGACUCGUCGCGCUGAAGUGGCCAUUGAAGGGCUCGAACAGCAACUGCGCCAUGCCAAUGCGCACGCUGACGCGGUCGUGUCCGAGCUCCACAGUCAAAAGAACCUCGUCGAGUCGUUGCAAUACCAGGUGCUCCAAAUGAAGGUAGCUCAUGAGGCUGCCCUCGGUGACGUCAGCAAACGAAUGGAGGCGGAGUGCCACGAGCGGCUAGAACGACACAUGGCGGAGGUGGAAGGAAGUAUGGACGAGUUGCGGCGGCAACGGGCGGCGCUCGAGAAAGACGUCGAGAAGCAUCGCAUGCACGGCGAGUUGUUGCGCGAGGAAAAAACCCGUCAGCGUAAAGUGUUUGACGAGGAGCUGGUGACCCGCGAGCGACAGUACGACGAGCUCAAGGCGUCCGUCGUCGCUAAGGACGACCGCUUGGCAGCGAUCGAAGUCGAGUGCCUCCGCCACACUCGAAACUACGCACAGUCGCAAGACAAGCUGGCAGCACUCGAAUCGGAAUUCGAAAACACCAACAAGAUGCAUGCCCACCGCAUCGAGAAACUGCAAGCCCUGCUGGCGCAGGAAAAACAGGCGUGCAGCGAAGCUAUUGGUGUCGCGAAAGACAAGGAGCGAAGACUCAUGGAGCAAGUAGCGACGCUGGAAGGCGUCGUCCAGGAUGCUGAGCGCCGCCAUGAACAAACUCUGGCCGCUUUCGUCCACGACGUCCGCGAGUACGUCGAUCGCUGGAGCGCUCCAAACAGACAUGGUCGUCGUCACUGCGACGGCAACGAGAACGUCGACAUGAUCUAAGUUAUUUAAUCGUAAUAGAUGCGAUACACUGUCUUGGCGA